AACGGAAAACGAUUAUCAGUCCUGAUUUCGGGCCCGAUAUCGGGAAGGGUGGGUGUAAUUGGCGCUUACACUGCGAAAAACCUAGAUUCCAUGGCAAAACUGAUCAACAAAAAGAAAACGAGAUUUAUGAUUAAAAAAUAUUAAGAGCAGAAGCAGAAGUAUGAGUUGAACGAUGUGUUUAUUCAUUAAUUUUAUAUUUAUAAUUACAACAAAAGUUAAAAGCUCGUGUCCAAUCUUGCCAGUGUAAUAUUGUUAUCAGUGUUAGACAUGAUUGGUGGGAAUUAUUAAACGGCGGAGCCUUUGUUUGACGCCACACCUCGGUGGCUACAGUGUUGACUUUCAGAAAUGUAUUCGUACUUUGUGAAACCACAUUUGAAUUAUCGAGUAACAAAUUAAACAUUCUACUAUAACUAGGAUACACAAGAUGUGCUAAGAAUAACAGAUCGACUUUUUUUCGUGCCUCUAUUGUUUAUUAAGAUGGAAUUCAUUCUUAUUUUGUCGUUUAUCCCUCUGGGAUUGGCUUACGACAAAGCAUCUUUCUACGGAGCUAGCUUUAUAACAUACCCUCUUCAAGAAGCAAAGGGUGUCACAGACAUCAGUUUUCGGUUUCGAACACAUCUAUCAGAUGCAUUGUUGCUCCUGGCUGCAGGAAAAACCGAUUAUUGCAUGAUCAAGCUAGAGAGUGGGAGAAUAAAGUUGCACAUAAACCUGGGUGCUGGUGAAAGUGAACUGUCUUCUCCUAAAGGAAUAUUCCUGAACGACUCUCAAUGGCACCAUGUUAGCAUCAUCAGGAGGGAAGCUAAUCUAACUAUGAAGGUUGAUGAUACUACUGUAAGAAAAAGACUACCAGGAAGAUUCUUUGAAUUGAACAUACACUUCGGAGUAUUUCUGGGAGGGCAAGGUGAUUUCUCUGAACUGUUCCUGGGCCAUAUGGAAAACUUCCGGGGGUGCAUGGAGGAUGUGUUUUAUAAUGGAGUUAAAAUAAUAGAAAAAGCUAGAAGUCGCAGUGCCUCAGUGCAUGUAGAGGGCGUCACUUGGAACUGUGCACCUGAAUUCGAUGCAGACAUUAACUCAGACAUUAGCUUCAUUGAUGAAGGCGCCUAUCUUAUACUACCCAAGAUCAAUUCUAGGGCUGGAGGGAGAUGGCAGAUUGAAUUCAAGACAAUAACACCUAAUGCUAUAAUUCUUUAUAAUCCUGGAGGUGGGAGAGGCUCAGUGUCUGAUUUUCUUGGUGUUGAAAUACUUGAUGGAGUGGUCAGAGUUAAAAUGGCGCGUGGACAAAUCAUACACACUGUGAGAGUCAGCGAUGGACAGUGGCAUAAAAUACAUUUGUUAUUUAAUCCUUCACUAAUAGAGCUCUCUGUGGACAACAUAGCAAUGAGUACAAGAAUCGAAAGUGGAGGUACCCGGUAUUUAGACCUGUCUGACUCAUUCUAUCUUGGUGGAAUCGAAACCGAUAAGCGACAGAGGGCUUUCGCUAAAGGAAUCAAAGCAGCCGAUUCCAGCAUAAUGGGUUGCAUAAAACCGAUAGAGGUUGAUGAUAAAAUAUACGGACUGCCAAACUCCGUGGUCACCUACGGCGUGAGCCCUAAAUGCAUUUGGUGGUACCCGUGCCACGCCAGCCCCGCCAACCCUCCCUGCGUGCCGCAGGCGGUGUGCGAGCAGCAUGGCGUCGAUCACUUCACUUGUAAAUGCGGCUCUGACCUGUGCAUUAACCCUGACUAUGCCGAAAAGUACAAGGUAUUCUCAAAGUCCAGCAGUGAACUGGAACUGGUAGCACUGUAUCCUCUAACAGUGCUGGAAGGCGGAGUCGCAGUCAUCACGACGCAGAACAUCGACGUGGUGUUGGACCACCACAAGUACGGCGUGCGCCCGUCGGGGGUUGUGUUUCAUCUAUCCCAGUCCCCGCAACACGGAAGGAUAGCUAACGACUUAUCUCUGCAAAGGAACUCUCCGCAGUAUUCUAAUUAUCUCGAUGGUGAUGGCAAAAUGAAGCAAUACUUUACACUCAUGAAUUUGUCAAGAGACAAGGUGAGGUAUGUUCAUGACGGUUCGGAAAAUCAUCAAGAUUCAAUUGUACUUGACAUGGAACUUAUUCCAGAGACUAAAUUUACUCUACCAAGCUACUUACAAGGAUGGAAUACUUUCGUUUUACAUGUCAACGUCACUCCGGUCAACGACCCUCCGGUCCUCAAUUUGCUUCCAGCGAAAGUAUUAAGACUGACACAGGGAACGCGUAAAGUAAUAACUUCAGAUAUUCUAAAAGCGGAGGACCCUGACACACCGCCGGAGGAUCUGCUAUACACUGUGUUGCACGGAAAAAAUGAAUUGCAGAGUGGGCACAUUGAGAUGUCCGGACAACCAGUUGACUCCUUCACACAACAAGAUAUUGACUCUGGAGUGAUCUCGUACGUCCACGGCUCGAACAAUGAGAGACAACUGAACAAAACAUCUUUGAAAGUCACGUUACAGGUCUCAGACGGCAUAGAAACUAGCGGUCCGGCGAUUUUGCGCAUAUCAAUAGUGCCCCUCCAAGUUCGCUUAAUAAACAACACUGGACUGCAACUGGUGCACAACUCGUACGCUAUUAUCACGGCUGAUAAUCUGACAUUCACCACUAAUGCUGACGAGAGCAAUGUGCAAGUCAAGUAUGACAUAGUAAAACCGCCUCAGUUUGGAGUGAUAGAGAGGCUGCGAGUUCUGGACGGCACGUGGCAGACAGUGGACUCGUUCACGAGUGAGAUGGUCACCUUCCGCCGCGUUCGGUACAUGCAUCUGCUCGGAAACCCUUCCCACGACGAAUUCAAGUUUAAAGCUUCGGUGGGCACGAUUCGAACGAACACUUUGUACGACUUUCGACUUACUUUCAUCAAACUUGAUCUUUACCAAUCGAUUAAUGAAGAACUGGUGUUAAACAAUACCAGAGAAGCGUUCAUUUCGGCGCAGCAUUUGAAAUUCAAGACGAAGCCAAUUGGCCUACCGAGUGAUCGAAUUAUUUAUACGAUACUUAAGUCGCCUAAGUAUGGCAUACUGCACCUGUCUUCUGGGAAGUACCAUCUGCAAACACACAGCACGUUUACUCAGCAACAUAUCGACACCGACCAGCUGUGGUACCGCCUACAUAGACGUGCAUACUCUCACAUCCAAGACGAAUUCUCAUUUGUAGUUGGAGCCACCGAGUGCGAGAACAUCACUGGAGUAAUGACGAUCCGACACACACCAGCCUACUCAACCUCGGAGCAUUCGUUGGGGCGUGUACAUACGACUUUAGAACGACUGCAGGUUAUGGAAGGUUCUAGAAUGGUCAUACCUGCUACUCAUUUAAAUUUCCGAACGGACUCUGUUACAAAUCUUGUUUUCAAUAUAACCCAUUUGCCGCGACAUGGAAAAAUCGAAGUAAUAAGCGAAAGCUUAAAAAUAUUAAGAGAUAACACCACUUAUUUCACUUUAAAGGAAUUGAAUUCAGAUAGGGUUUACUACUCACACGAUGAUUCCGAAAGUAGACACGAUUCUUUUCACUUUAUGGCGCUCAGUCCUGAACCCGAAGAUUUUCAGUAUGUAGGGGUAUUUCACAUCGAUAUAAUACUUAAGAACGACAACAGCCCAGUGAGGGCGAACGAUAAAGUGUUUCACAUUGUACACGGAGGCGCCCGCCUCAUCACGGCCAGGGACCUGAGCUACACUGACGCUGACUUGGAUACGAAGCCGGCCGAUAUCAUCUACACGAUCCAAAGAUUCACUAAAGACCCUCCAAACGGAGGUAUAUACAGAGCCGAUAACCCCGCGGAACUCAUUGCUCAAUUCUCCCAGGAUGAUAUUAAUAAAAACCUUGUUCUAUUCAAACAUCAAGGUAAAGAGUAUGGUAAGAUGGCAUUUUGGAUAUCGGACGGUUUAUUUGACGUGAAUGGAAAUCUUGAGAUUCAAGCAUCGCCACCGUUUAUUCGAAUGUACCCCACAAACGGAUCAAUAGUUGAAAACGGUAAAGCGGUUGUAAUUACGACGAGGGAUAUGCAAGUGGAUACAAACAUGAACUGUUUGGAAGAAGACAUACGGUACGAGGUGACGCUGGAGCCGAAACACGGCGCCAUCGAGGUCGGGGAGGGGCAGGGCGCGGUGACGUUCUCGCAGCUGGACGUGGCUGCCGGCCGCGUGGCCUACCGCCACCGCGAGCCCAGGACUCCUGCCGACCAGUUCAGGUUUAAAGUCAAGUGUCUGGAAGCCUGGGGUGAAGGGACAUAUCCAAUUAAAAUAUUCCCAUCAAGUUACUGGGAGCCGCUUAAAGUAACAACUAACCGACCUCUGGUAGUCGAGGAAUCUACAAGUGUCAACAUCACCAGGGAUGUCUUGGAGGUCAUGCAUCCACAAAUCGAACCGUCGAACAUAAUUUUCCAAAUAACUCAAGGUCCGUAUCAUGGCUGGCUGGAAAUCACCGCAACUCCUGGUGUGGUUGAGGUGGAGACCUCGAACGAUGAGCCGGCACACACGACCGUGUUCGACCAGUCGAUCAUCAAUGGCAACCGCCUGGUGUACAUGCAGUCUGGCGUCAACCGCACUAGGGAUAAGAUCGUAAUGGACGUCACUAAUGGCAUCGUAUGGUUGAGGAAUGUCGAAUUGAAUAUCAUAAUUAUUCCAGAACAUUUUUACGUGACGGUGUCUAAUUUGACCGUUGUCGAAGGAGAAGCCAUCAGUAUUAAGCCAGAAAUGUUCCGCACGAUAACAGAGUACUACAGAGGAAAAGUGGUGGCAUAUAAGGUACUUGAAAAACCCAAAUAUGGAAAGAUUUUGAUGGGCGACCAGGAAUUGACUUUACUGCCUGUUCUUAAACUUAAUUCUGGAAAUAUUCAGUAUGUAAACGACGGUUCGGAGGAGUCGUCGGACUCGUUCAAGCUGGCGGCGGCGACGGAGAGCAACAAGGAGAGCGAGCCGUUCGUGGUGCGCGUGAGCAUCGCGCCGGUCAACGACGAGACGCCCAUCGUGGCCGCCAACACCGGGCUCUGUGUCUGGGAGGGCGGCACCUUCACGUUUACUAGGAACGAGCUGUAUGUGAACGACAUCGAUACGCCACUAGAAAAUGUUACAAUAAUUGUGGUUGAUAUAGUUUCUGGGCAUAUUGCUAUGAAGGGGAAUAUCCACGAGCCUGUCACACGUUUCACUCAGGCUGAUAUUGAUAACGGAAAUGUGGUUUUCGUCCACAAAAAUGGCUCUAAAGGCAAAAUGAUCUUCAACGUUACAGACGGACUACACGAACUGUCUAAAAUAACGUUUCUAAUUACAACAAAAUCGGUAUCUUUGAAACUUAUCAGAAAGCAUAAUCUUCGGGUUUUCCCUCUAAUGAGAGAACCGUUAAACAAUUAUUUGCUGAUGGCUAAAUGCUCAGAUUACACCAGAACAAUUGUCUAUAAAAUAGACAGAACACCAUCUCUCGGCAGACUGAUUAUGCUCAGUGAAGACAGCCACCACAGAUCCAUCAAGCAGUUUACACAGGAAGACGUCAAUAACACCCUUGUCUACUAUGAACAUACACAUCCUUUUUCAGAUCUGCACACGAACGACUCUUUUAUAUUUACGGUUGAAGCCGCCCUAGCUAAACCGAUAACAGAUCAAGUUUUCAACAUCGAUAUAUCGGUAUCUUCCGGAGGCUUGGCUAAAUAUGUUCAUAUACCUCAGAUUAAGGUGAACGAGGGUGAUAAAGUUCCCAUCAAAGUGAACGUUACGAACGUAAUAGUAUACCUGGAGAGUCAAGCGGGGCUGAGACAGCCUCAGGUGGAGGCGCAGUGGUCGCAGCCGGCGCACGGCACGCUGCAGCCGGCCGUGUCGUCGCUGACGCAGGCACAGCUCGAGGCUGGCGCCGUCCUUUACCAACACGACGAUUCCGACACUACACAAGACAAAAUAGAAAUGUCCCUCUUUCUUCUACCUGAGUAUGUUCUCCUGUGUAAUGUCACUAUUACUAUUCAUAUUAUUCCAAUCAACGACCAACCUUUUAGACUUUUGACCGAAACGCCGCAAAUACAGGUGGUACAGGGUGAGAAUUAUACAAUCACUAAAAAAGAUUUGAUUACCGAGGACGCUGACACUAGUUCCACUGGCAUACUUUACGACAUUAUAAGCGGUCCCACUCAAGGGAGGAUCGUCAUGAUGGACAAGAAUUUGAGCAUUGAUGACGCACAAUCAAUAAAUAAAUUCACUCAAGAUGAUAUCAACAAUGGACGCGUAAUCUAUGAGCAUUCUGGCAUGCUUCAAACGGCCACUUUCUACUUUAGGGUAUGGGACGGACAGUUCAAACCUAUGUAUAAGAUAUUCACGAUUGACGUGUUGCCGGUAUCACUAAACGCGUCUACAUUGCAUCCAGUAUUAUUACAACAAGGCUCUAAUGUUGCAACAGUGACCACCGAGCAAAUAUAUAUCGAAACCAACGCCAAAAAGUACAAAGUGUGGUACAAUAUUACUAGACAACCUCUUCACGGCAUGAUAUACGUGGGCAGGAAUCCAGUCACCUACUUUUCCCAUAGGGAUUUGAUGGAUAAGGUGGUCAUUUAUAUGCAGAACGAUAUGACCGCAGCUAGUGACAGCUUCGACCUUAUUGCAUACAUCCACAACAGUAAUUCCACAAACCCUUUCACAAUAAAUGUUUUGGUUCAGCCUCUGAUGGCUUUGAAAGAUAUAAAAGUCGAAGGUGAUAAGUCGAGAAUAACUCUGAGCAAUAUGGACGCCACCGGUCUAGCCAAGUUGACUGGAAGUAAUCCAAUCUAUACCAUCUUAAGUAAACCUAAACAUGGUACUGUCAAGAAUAUAAUUAGAAGUUCUGGAGGAAAUACAAGUGCGAGGGAAAGAGAAGUUCCGUACUUUACGCACGAGGAUAUCAAAGCGGGGGUCAUUUACUACGUGACCAAGAAGAGAUCGCAGGAGCUGGUCGGCAAGGAGGACAGUUUCCGAUUCUUACUGGCGGCGACGAUAUUCCAGCCGGCCGCAGGCGAAGUUAAAAUAUUCAUUGGGAGCAAAUCGAAAAAGAACUUGCCUGGGCCUAAUGAUCCUGAGAGUCACGAGGGGGUACCCGUGGCGAACGGCGAUUCAGCGUCGUACUACCUGACGAUCCUGAUGGCCCUCUCGGGCGUGGUGCUGGCCAUGCUUGUGCUGCUGGCGCUGGUGCGGUGCCGCCGCUGCCUGGCCAGCGACCGCCGCGCGCGAGCCAAGGCGCACGGCCAGAGCCAGGGCGCCGUGGCCCCCAUCCCGCUGCCGCGCCCGCCCGACCAUCUCAUGCCUUCUCCGGCGCAUCCCACGCCACCCAUAAAGAGAUACGUGUCAUCGGAGCAGUCGGUGCACACAGGCGCCAGCACGCCGCUGCCGUCGGGCGGCAGCGUGGCCUGCAAAGUGACGCCGCUGGCCGACGCGGCGCUCCCCGACCUCAACGCGAGGUACCCCUACGGCACCGAAGACCACACAGACGCGGAAGACUGGAGCAGCUACGAAGCCAGCGAAACCGCGUACCCGAUAAGGGCACCAGGGGUAGCCCCGGCGAACCCCAUGCUACGCCGCAACCAGUACUGGGUCUGACCCACGCACACCUUCACACUGCCCAGGCAACCUCGACCAGUAAUCCUCACCACGCACGAAGAAGGUUGCGUGACGUUGAACCGGCGGCUGCAGCAGCGGCGCUACGUCGAUCUAGUUCCUACGCCUUUUCUGCUCAGCAACUACGGAGUUACAAAGAAGCACGAAAACUGUGAGGUAACACUCUGAGCCGUCUGAGCCCUAUAGUCUUAACCAAAAACUAUUACAUAAAAAUACUGUAAUAAUCAUGUUCCUAGGAAUUCUACAUUCAUAACAAUAAGCAAUUUAACCGAAUAAAAUAUGUUUACGGGCAUCUGUUACGCCACGGACACGGUCGCAGUUGAAAGUGGGAGUGGCCUAAGUUUAAUGUAAGUUAGCGAUUCGCUGUUUUUUACAAUUGUGGUGCCAAAUCGUUUAAUUAUAGUGUGAAAUAUUAAGGUUGUUAAUGAGCUCAUUUCUGUGCGGGUCGGCGUAUGAAUGUAUAGUUUAAAUAAUAGAGCGCCGAUAACUUUCUGAGAAUAAUCAAUGCUGUUUUACACUACUAGUAACAAUACACUAAAGUUGUAAUAAAUAAUAUUUCGUUUGCGAUUUAUAACAUAAAAGUGCCUGUAAUUUUUAUUUUCAUAGGAAAGUCGAAUACAAAACCAAUAACAUCUAACAAGUGAUCUUUUUUCAUCCUUGUAAUGUUUAAAUACCUAGUUUAAAGCUUGUGCUACAUAAAUGAAGUAAGGGUGGGAUCACUUCUAUCAGCAAUCUGUACCUAUGCUGAUUUAGCAUCGAGCCGCAUUUUAUAUAUAAGAAAUCGCGCGUUAUUAUGAAGCUGCGAAAGCUGAAACAUGCAUACACAUCUUCAUAUUAACGAGCGAUUUCUCAUAUGAAAUGCGGCUCGAUGCUGAUAGAUGUCAUUCCACCCUAAGUACGUUUUUGUUUUUUAUUAUUCGAGGAUGUCCUAAAGUACACAAUGAAAACGUAGAAUCUAGAUUUGAUUUAUGGUCAAAUACCAAGACUGAGCACUGUAGGUUAAUAUUAGAGAGGUUUACAGAUUUGAUCACACACCUGUAUCCAUAAGAAUAUUUCAUAAAUGGUAGAAUAGAUUAUUCAACAAAACAAUCAAGCUUUGGGUAAGAAUUUUACUUGAAUAAGUUGUUGGUAGGAAAUUAACAACAAAAAAUGAACUUUUUGUUUAGAAAGAAGGAUGUUUUUGUGGCUGCGACUCUUGCACGAAUGAUACCGUCCUUAUGAUAUAUCUGGGAGGGAAUAGGUAUAUUAGCUGGAGACGGAUUGUUCGAUACCUAAUAUAUACGUUUUAACUUUUACGUUAUUUGUAUGAAGCUACAAUGAUUUAUGUCUAAAUUAUAGAAAAUAUGUAGUGAUUUCGAUGGCCUGUGCUCUAAAAUACGUAGAUUAUUAUACGGCGGAGGGAGAGUAAUAAUACCGGGAUAUGUUUAUGACGUGUCUAUCUGUGUAUUCACUCGAAUGAUUAUAACUAUCGGGUGAAAUUUUAUGAGUUAUUUUAAUCCAUGGAACCCAUAGAUUGUUAUAGGCAUCGGGUAUUUUGAAUUUGUACCUAUAAUUUGUUUUUAUAUGAAAUUGUUGUCGAGAUCUUAUACCUAUAUAUAUUCAUGUACCUAUGUUUAACCUUUUAACCGCCGUAGUCUGAUAUAUAAGACAUACUAUCUGAUAUAAUGUCUGAUAUAAACUCGCUCGAUGAAACAUUCUAAGCGGUUGAAAGGUUAAACUGCAUUAUUUUUCCUGCAAGCACAUCUAAUUAAAUAUUCGCCUGAGACAAAAUAUUAAUGUUUGUUGUGCCAAGGUCUGCGUACAGAGUACUCAACGCUAUAUGCAACGCGUGUGAGACAUACUCUUUCAUUUACUUCACGGUAUUUUGUUAGUGAAGUGUUUAUCCUAAUUAUGCCAAGGAUAGUGCCAAAGUUCUACUAAGGAUACCUUUAUACACAAGUUAUAAGUUUUAUUGAUUAGUAUAUUUAGUAUCUAAUUUAAGUUUAUUGCUAUUAAAACUUAACUUACGUAUUAAUAAUAUAAUAAUACUAAAUUAAAGAGGUUUAAGUCACAAUAUAUAUAAUCAUGUUGCAUUAAUAUAGAAGUAAACUGUAGCAAAUAUAUUUCAUCUAUUUAGCAAUUGGUAUCAGUUUGUGAGCUGUUAAAAAGUUCUUCAUAAUAAAACCAGUUAGUAUGAAUAUUCCUUGUUACGAGCGUUUACCUGUCUCUGUUUAGUCUAUAAUAAAAUCUUGUACAUUCAAUUUGGCCUAAAUUAUGGUUUCGGUACCAACAAGGUAAUUUCAUGACGGACACCGAAAAUGGCCCUAACUCUAGGAGUUUGGGCUCGUUAGAGUCAUCUUGAGGAAUGUUUGAUGACUGUACAACAAAACCUGACUGUACAAAAACUCAUUUUUUUAUAUGUUGAAGCACCUUUUAACGUUUCUGGAACGAAACACGUGUCAAUUAUUGACAUUUUUGCUAAACGAAUCCAUGAAUUUUUCUACGAUACGUAACGUGCGUGGCUAACAAAUUGAUAGCCAUGAACUUUAACUGAAUUUAUUUAGUCUACUUACAGGGAGGGCUUUUUAAGAAAAUAACUUUCCCGGAAAUGACCAUAGGUAUUCCAGAUUUGGAAAUUGUAUGUAAUUUUACAUUGAAUACUGAAUUAUAAAAAUUGCUAAUAUUGACCAUUCAUAACACUUGGCCGCUUCGGCAAAAUCCUGUAAGGAAAAGACACUAGACAAAUCCAAUAAGAUAAUUUUUUAUUUGAUAAUUUUUCAUUUAUGUAUAUUUUCAUUAAUUUUUCUGUAGAAGAAAAGUAAUAUAGUUCCAAGUCUGGUAGAUUUAUAUACAGGUUGUCCCGGAAUAAGUGCACGUCAUUUGAUAUUAUCAUUAUCAAUAUAAGAAGUGAAAUUACGAAUAUGAUUUAUCGAAAUACUUCAUUUUUGUAAUCUACGUCCUCGGAAGUAAACACAAUUUUUCGUCUCAGAAAUUUGUUACUACCAGAUCAAUUGGUUUGCAAUAACUUUGGUCUACUAAGUUGUACAUGGUGUGCUAGGAUAGACUAACAAGUGUAGACGCGACCAGUGGUAACGUUGAAAGCGAACGCAGUCGACGCGCACGAAUGAGGGUAAACGGAGCGCGGUCUACACAACUUUGACACCCACCCAAUAUCUCCAGUUACCCGUGAAUAAGAUGCAUGUAACUGCAUCGCAAUAUCGGGAGCUCAAAAACAAUAUAAAACGUAAUCACGGUUUAUAUCCCGGUCGAUUUAAGUCUAGUGAAACUAACCGUGAAUCAUUCAAAACUGUGGUGCUGUGUCACAAACACGUAAUCUUGUGGAAUGUCAAACAUUAAUGCUAGCGGCAGCCGCUGGAACUAAUUUUACUCCAUAAGAUCGUAGAAAACCAACAAAAUGAGGGCAGCACCAGUCGUGCACCUCGCGAAUAACAUUAAUUUGGACCAAAAUGACCAAACCCACAAUCUACUUAGUGAUUUUUUUAACUGCCCACCAAUCCCCACCAACCGACUCACCACCAUUGCUAAAGUAAGUAGAUAUCAUUCAUAACUUAAUCUGAUACGCUCCGGCUCACCUACUAAUAGUAGUACGAGGAUAUUUUACUAAUUCGUAAGCAUUGGAUAGCGUUGCUUUCUAAUGGUUGAUCUACGGAGUUUCUGUUUAAACAUUCCUUAUAACAUAUAAGUAGUGAUUUUGAGUGUACCUUGUUGUCCGGGACACCGCGUAUAAUAUAGUAUCAAGUGAAAUAGUAUAGAAAAAAAAUGUGCCAAAUAAUAGCCUCUGUCCUCGCCAAUAUUAAUCCAUAAGAAAAAGUAGGUAAAGGAUUUUCAGUGUAUGUUGUAAAAUGUAUAGUUUUAAACUAUAAAUAAAACGAAAAUGCCAAGUUGUUACAUAUUAUGCAUUCCGGCCUUCAUUAUCUAACCAUCCCGGCAGUAUUAAUACUGAUUUUGUAAAUUGUGUAGCACCUGAACCAAUACAUCAAGACAACAAAACACAACCAAAAUAGCAAAAUUACGUAAGGCCUUGAGGCAACAUUCUACGAAGACUGCACGGCACUGUUAAAAUCGUCUGUUUUCAAUUUAGUACAAGAAUGAGAAAUAAUAUUUAAUAGUAUGUAAAAAUCUUUUCUCAAACUUGUAAUGAAAUGUUGAUAGGACUUCAAAUUAGGUCCGGAAAUACUACUUAUCCGGUGGGAUGAGUGAAGAUGAUAAUUAUGUAAAGGAAUUUCAUACAGCCUUACAAACCUAGGCCUGUAAAGCAACCAUCGUUUGUUUUUAAACGUCAAAUUUUGACACGUUUUGGCAUUCAACUAUAUCAAUCAUCAAAUAGUUGUAAUUUCGUAAUUGCGAAUUAAACAUAUAUAUAGAGGAACCGGAAAGAUUUUUUCUCAAACUUGCAAUGUAAUGUUGACAUGACUUCAAAUUAGGUCCGGAAAUACUACAUACCGUCGCUAUACUUACUCAAACUCGUAUCUGAUAUACAUAUCUAAUAUGUAGAUACGAAGUUGAGUAAGUAUAGCGACGAUAUCCGGUGCGAUGAGUGAAGAUGAUAUGUAAAGGAAUUUCAUACAGCCUUAGACACCUAGGCCUCUAAGGCAACCUUCUAUUGUUUUAAAACGUCAAAUUGUGACACGUCUUGGCAUUCAAACAUGAAAAACCUGUAAGCAAUAUUCUGCCAUUACGCUUUUUUUCUGUUUUUUAUUUUUAUCUUUUUUGGCUUGUUAUUACUAUUUCAAAGAUAUCAAAAGGGGAACGAAAAUUUGAUUAUUUAUGCGUUACGACGCACGGUUUAGGAGAUAAAGCCCUAUAAAAAAAUCUGCAUGACUGAAAUAAAAAUCUGUAUAGGGAUGUAACUCCUAAACCGUGCGUCGUAGCGCAAAAAUAAUCAAAUUUUCGUUACCCUUUUGAUAAUCACGCAGUAAUAAUAAAAAACCGGUCAAGUGCGAGUUCGUUUUACACGCGCUCCGAGGGUUCCGUACAAACAUUGAAACAUCUCGUAUAACUAUCGCUUAUAAGCGAAAGACUUUUGAUCAGAAGUACCCAUUGAUGUAAGUAUAAUAGGUACGUCAAUGGAAGUACCUACAUAUAAUACUAAGUAUAAUUGUGUACAGCGCCAUCUAUCGGACUAAUAUUUUUUUACAUUUUCCUCACUUCACUACAAAAAAGUUUUGGAAUGUACAAUUUAAGCUUUUUCAAAUGAUGGGUAUCAUUUCACUUCGAUUCGAAUGAUGGGUAUCACUUGACCUAGUCACUAGACUUUGAAAUUUUGCCCCCUCUUCAUAUUGGGCAUUUUCCAUAGUUAAAAAAAAAAAUUAAAAAUAAUACUUUCUAUGUGUCUGGGUUAGCGUUGUUCAUAACUACUCCAAUUUUUUUGUUCCGCUUCAAUACCCUACGCACUGAAUAACCUUUCAAGAUAGAGAAAUAAGUAACAUAGAGUGCUUACUCCAUACAUCAGUUUGAGUACCAAAACGAUUAUUAUCUUCGUAGUCGACAUCUAGCGUCGAGUAGCGGAAUUAUCAGUACUGCUACUUGACAAUAGAUGUCUCAAGUGUUGUGACUGGUGAAAAUUGUAUUUCUCAACAAUUUACAACUAAUAUUACAAGCAGGAGGAGUUGAAAAUAGAGUUCUGAAUAAUCCGGUUAUAAUAUUAGCUGAAAAUUGUCGAGAAUUAGACUUUUCGUUCGUCACAACAUCUAUUGUCAAGUAGCAGUACUGAUAAUUCCGCUACUCGACGCUAGUUGUCGACACUACGAAGAUAAUAAUCGUUUUGGUACCAAAACUGAUGUAUUGAGUGAGCACUCUAUGUUACUUAUUUCUCUAUGCUUUCACAUUAGGACAUGAAACAAUCAUCAGCAUCAUCAUCCUAUUAUUAUUAUUCCAAUUUUGAGAAAAGCACUAUACAAAUCUCGGCGAGAAACGAGGUUGCCGGCCGCGUAUCCCUAUCCGUCUAUAUCUAUUUGGCCUGCAACCCUUCGUUUCCCGGCCUCUAUAGUAAUGUACCCUAAGGCCGAGCAUAUCAAGGGUCAAUAAUGUAUACUUAAUGAUAUCUAAUGUACCGUAUGUUCUUAUGAAUGAACUUUCAUUUCAUUUCACUAAUAAUAUCUACUAUAAGAGCGUUAAAACGAAUGAAUUAAGGUGAUUACACACACAGAGUCAUCGCAAAAACAGUAUUGAAUGAAUGAACGAGUGAAUGUGACUUAUACGCACGUUAUUAAGCUUAAAAAAUAUAUAAAAAAACCUUGAAGAAACUUGGUCCGUGUUGCAGUUGAAGGUUCAACUUGCUAUUGGAACGAUAGAGAAACAAAAUUAAUUAAUACUUUCAAAUUCUUGAUACUAAUUACAUGAUUUUGUUAUUGUGUGCGUGACUUCGGCUCUCGUGCCCGUACCUUUACUAUAAGUGUUGUGCCAUUGUAUUACUUACAGAAAAAGCAAUUCAAGGAGAGAUGCAUUCUCCUUGAAUUGCUUUUUCAUGACUGAGCUCAGCCGCUUUUUUGUGACUGCGGCAUAUCAGGCAUAUGUAUUGCUAACCAAUAUUUUAACGUAUGAAGUCUAAAACUCAGUAUGUCGGGCUGCGAAAAUAGAAUGGUUUAUGUAGUCCUCAACUCUGUCUUUGUGAAUUUGUAAUAUAGUCAGUUAAGCAACUUUGUCAGUCGAAAAGGCGAGAAAAUCAAAUUUUCUAUGGAACGAUAAUUAACCCUUCGUGUCUACAUUUUUUAGAUUUGCAGCUUUUUUCGACUGUCGGAAAUGUCUGGCAGACUAUAAGUUGUGUGAAAUUAAGCUGGUCAUAUUUGAAUUUUUAUCUUUGCCUGUGUUGAUGAAGAUUAAACUUUAACAAAUUAGAAUUGUAGCCUAUUUUUUUGACAAUAGAAAUAGUGGGUGGUCUAACAUAAAUUAGUAUCCACUUUUCUAUAUGAACAGUAUGGCGUCGUGAAUACUUCCGUAUGGGCACGUAUUGUACGCUGAUUAGUGUCUUAAAUUGUGUAAUAAUUAGUGAAAGCAACUAAAUAUGUUUUCCCGGACCUCCCCGAUUAGUGUUGAUCGAUAUACGAUUGUCAUGUUGGAUGCAAAUGUUGGUUUGUAAUAUUUACCUAGCUCUCGUUAAAUAGUAAUAUUUCAGAUUAUUAAUUUAUUAAGUAUGAUACCUAUAACGCUCAAAUUGUAAGUGAACCGAUAUUAGUAUGUACUGGAUGAAUUCUGAAGUUGUAGAUAGUUGCAGUUUUUACGGUCGAUAAAGUAGGUACACUUAUUAAUGUAAUAGGUUUUAUGAUUAGAUACGAUUGUAUAGACUUGCUUUUUAAAAAAAAAUUAACAACAAAGAAUUAAGAAUAUAUUUAUGAUAUUUUAUUACUCGUUGAAUUCUGCUGAAGAUUUUUGUCAGUCGUUUUAAAUAUCGGUGUGGCCUGCAGUGUUUAGAAUAGUUAUAGCAAGAUAGUAAGUAAACCGAUUUCAUAAAAAUUACCUUCAGGAUUCUGGCUAAGGUUUUAAAGACGACAGUGGGUAUCUGUUCCCCUGUAAAAACUUGCAUUUAUGUUUGAUAAUUGUUAUGCUUAAAAUUGACGAUGUGAAACUCCGUAUCCUGUAUUCAUUUCUACCAUAUAGGUAGUUAACACUUUUUUAAUAAAUAAUGACACAUUA